CCCACUCAGUAGGUUUAAUAAACCCCUCAAGUGGAUUCGGACCCAGUUGACCAACCCAAUGAGAAAGCAAAAAGAAAAUGAAAGAGUAAAGUUCAGUUGAAGAGCUUGGACGGAGAAAAAAGACAAAUUUCCGCAUCUUCGUCUUCUUUACAUAAAUAGGAAGAGAGUGAGGUUAUUACUAUGCUCAUCAAUUGCCUCAGGUUCAUUCAGGUGUUAAACACUUGUAGCUAUAGCCAUGAGCACUCCGGCCCCCUCUGUGCCCAAUGCCAAGAGGCUCGAAGGAAAGGUGGGGAUCAUCACAGGAGGGGCGCGAGGGAUCGGAGAGGCUGCAGUGCGACUCUUCUUGUCCCACGGUGCAAAGGUUGUGAUUGCUGACAUCCUUGAUAACCUCGGGGAGGCCCUAUGCCACGAGUUGGGGGAGGACGUAUCUUACAUCCACUGCGAUGUAACAAAUGAAGAUGAUGUCUGCAAAACUGUCGACUUUACAGUCGAAAAGUAUGGUAAGCUCGACAUCAUGUACAACAAUGCCGGUAUAGUGGACUCCUUAAUGCCCGAAAUCCUAAACACUGAGAAGGCCAAAUUUGAACGAGUGUUGGGUGUGAACUUAGUAGGGGCACUUUUGGGGGCCAAACAUGCGGCCCGAGUCAUGAUCCCUGCAGGCAAGGGCUGCAUCUUGUUUACUGCAAGUGUGGCUUCUGAAAUUGGGGGUUUCUCUUCAUAUGCAUAUUCUUGCUCAAAGACCGCGAUUGUCGGGCUGAUGAAGAGUGCAACGGCAGAGUUAGGGAGAUUUGGAAUUCGGGUGAAUUGCGUGUCGCCAUACGGGGUGGCCACGCACAUAGCCGAUGGGCUACUGCCAGUAGAGGCUGUGCACUUUGAGGGUUUGUUGAGCAAGGUGGGGAACCUGCAAGGGGUGGUUCUAAAGGCUGAGGACAUAGCCCAGGCUGCAGUGUAUUUGGCUAGUGAUGAUGCCAAGUAUGUGAGUGGGCAAAACCUCCUUGUGGAUGGUGGCUACACCAUUGUAAACCCAUCUCUAGCCAUGGGCUUCUCUAGCUUUUUAGGCCAAGCAUGAAGAAGAUUUUUGUUUGUUAAAUGGAACUCCCGGAAAUAAGCAUAGAAGUGGGGUUUGUUGUUUGGAGAGUGAAGGAACCUCUUUUGAUUUUCAUGUUCUUGUGUUUCAGUGCAUGCUUUGCCAUUUUAACAAAAAGAAAAAAACACAUUUUCUUAGAGUCCAA